AUGGAAGAUUGGAAUACUAAAGCCAAACCGCAAUGCCAUAGCAACAACCGUUCCUACAGUAUGUUGCAGAAGCCCCAGCGUCAGCGUGUCUCAGAGAAAGACACGGCCGUUUUCUCAAACGAUCGAGAACAGACCGUCCGGACCGGGUCUGCCCAUCCCGCUGCAUCUACCUUGCAGCCGCAGCGGAAACAGUGUUCCAGGUGUCUGGGUGAAUAG